AUGCCGCUGCACGAACCAGCAUCACAGCUCGCACACACCGCCAAUGCUGGUGGCAGUGGUGCUGACGAUGAUGGUGAUGACGAGGAUGCAACGGCGAUGCACGGGGCACCAAUGGACGAGGGCGCCGACACGAGCGCACAGCAGCAGGAAGGGGGUAAUGGGAGGCAGCAGCGACACGUCAACCUGACGGACGACGGGUGGAUUGCUCCCCCAAGCGCUGACGCCGCAUCCAACGCUGUUCGCCCAACGGAACACCCGGUACCACUCGUCUCCUUCACAUCGAGCAACUCGGCUUCGCAGGACUUCAGCCCGGACGAUCCAACAUCAUCAACAACAGCAACAUCAGCAGCAACCACGACAACAACGACGGCUGCGCAAUCCCGGCGUGUUCGGACGCUGCCUGGUCGCCUGAACAAGGCCAUGGAUGCCGAGAUUAUGCAAAACAACCUCAGCCAGGACGACCCCAACGCUGAUGAGAGCGAGCUGAAGUACCUCCCGCAGCCACGCAUCCUUGUUCCCUUGACACAACCGCAGCACACCUGCGCCCCAAUCGACACCAUCGUCGAUGCAGAUGGAAACGAAGUGCCCAAUGUCAAGCCCUUUCGCAAGGCGGGUGGAAUCACGGAGGAGACGCAGGCCGCUGCAACCCAGAUUGUGUUUGCAAAGCGCAUGGAAACGAGCAAUGAUGAGUUUGAUGCCCUCAGCCGCGAAUUCCAGCAAGAGGAGCAGGAGCAGGAGGUGAUGCGCGCACGCAAUGAAGCUCUGCUCAACGACGACGACGACGACGGCAACACACGCGCACGGAGCAGCAGAGGCAGCAGAAGUAGUCGAAGCAGCAGAACAACAACAGCAGCAGCCGUCAGCACUGGUGGUGCAAGGCAACAACAGACACGAAGACGCACAACCAGGCGACGCUAA